AGUCUUAUUCUCCUUCUAUGACUCUUGGUCAAGUCUUCCACCAAAUCUCUACUACUACCUUCUUCCUCAAUUUAAAUCCCGAUUUUUUCUCAAAUUAAAUUCUCCAUAAAACCCUCAUUACACCCCAAAACCCAUUAAUUCUCUUCAUUCAUCCCUUUUCAAGAGUGGUAGCCGCUGCCGUCCGUAACCGAUCCCUCUGCUCCCAAACACUGUCCUUUUGUCUACGAUGGAUUCCUCACCCGAAAACCAUCUCCGCUCUAAUCAACGGCGCUGGUCUGUAGGCCGGACCCGGUCGGAAACAUCCCUUCAAGUCACUUCUGAAGAUACCCAUUUUGAUCAGUCCCUUGAAUCCUUCUUUGCCCACCUCAAUGUGUCACCCCAUAGCAGUCGCCGGGCUUCGUACCCGGGUCUUGGUGGUGGUGAGUUUGCUGACGGGUCGGGUCGCUUCACCCCCGUGAGUCAUGGGUUUUUGCAAAGAAACAAUCUUGAUGAGUUGGGUGGUUUAGGUGUGACGGACACUGGUUUUGGGAGCUCUGGGGUUUUCGGGUUGCAAAAUUAUGUUCUUGAUGGUGGAGUCAUGGGGUCUAAUGUUGAUGGUCGGGAUUCCUUUGCUCCUAAUUCGUAUCAACCGUUCUUACUUGAUUCAAGGAGAAAGGCACUUCAAAAUGAGUUUUCGAGGAGAAGAGAGUUUCGUAAUGAGUUUUCAGUAUUGCCUUCUUUGAAUCGACAAGGGUUCUUGGGUGGUGCUUCUAUGAGGGUUCCAAGAGGGGUUAAUAGUUCGUUUUCUAAUAACAAAAACAUAGUGAGGUCUAAUUUUGAUAAUCUCCCUAGUGCUGACAAUACAAUCAGUCCUCAGUGGUUGCAGGAACCUCUAAAUUGCUUGGCAAUCGAAGAUCUAAGGGGUAACAUUGUUGCCUUGGCAAAGGAUCAGUAUGGAUGUAGCCUUUUAAAGAAGAUCAUUGAUGAGGCAUCAUCAAAAGAGACAAUUGAUAUGAUUUUUUUUGAGGUGUUAGAAAGGGUGGGUGAGUUAAUGGUAAACCCUUUUUCGAGUCAUGUGGUUCAAAAGCUUAUUGAGACGUGCAGUGAGGAACAGAGGACUCAGAUUCUUCUGAUGAUCACCAAGAAUGAAUUUGAACUUGUUAGCAUAUGCAUCAACAUGCACGGAACUCGUGCUGUACAGAAAUUGUUGCAUGGACUUACCAACCAACAACAAAUAUCCAUACUAAUGUCAGCUCUAAGUCCUCGUGCUGUUUCUUUGACUAAGGAGAUGAAUGGUCAUCAUGUGCUCCUUCAUUGCUUGAAGAAUUUCUCAGAUGAAGAUAAUAAGUAUCUUCUGAAUCAGAUUGCAGACAACUGUUUAGGAGUUGCAACAGAUAAAAGUGGAUGUUGUGUAUUACAGCAGUGUGUUGAGUAUGCUAAGGGAGAGACGAGGGAAUAUCUGGUUGGGGAGAUAAUAGCAAAUGCCCUCCUCCUAGCAGAAGACUGUUAUGGAAACUAUGUGUUGCAACAUCUACUAGACCUGAGAGUGCCAGAAAUCACAAAUAAACUUCUAAGACAGCUUGGAGGGAGUUACAUGGCUCUCUCAUGCAAUAAGUAUGGAAGCAAUGUUGUGGAGAAGUGCUUGAUGGAAUCUGGAGAACAGAAUGCUGCACAAAUCAUCAUGGAGUUACUUAACAAUCAAACUGCUUCUAUGCUUCUCUUGGAUCCUUUUGGAAACUAUGUCAUCCAAUCAGCUUUGAAAGUGUCUAAGGGUGACGUCCAUGUGGCUUUGUUAAACCUUGUCUGGAAAAACUCUCCCAUGAUGCGCAGCAACAUCUAUGGGAAAAAGGUACUCGCCUGGUUCGAGAAGAAAAAGUUUCUACACCCAGACAUGCAUUGUAAAAAUGUCAGGAGGUAUCCUCACGAAGAUUUUUUACAACAGUAGGUGUCAGCGUUCAUUUUCUUUCGUUCAAUUUCAGAAUCUAAAAUCUCAUUACAAAGGUACAUUAGGUGUAUGGUGGACUGAUUUUAUAGCAGGCAUCAUUAAUCAGUUUGUAGGAUGAUUGUUCGUGCUUGUAGCAUCCAUGCAGUCGAUCUUGGCUCUAGAGAAUUUCGACAUUACAGUAGAUAUAUACCCCGUAGCUGAAUGCAAACUAACAUGAAUUUGAUGUAUAAUCCUCUCUUUUGGAGGAUCUGAAAGGGGAUACAAGAUGUUGUUCUAGAUCUGUAUUCAAAAUCUUCCCACUUUUGUUUGUUACACUGUACAUCUACCAUUUAAAUGACUAG